AGUGUUCACUCCCCCCUUAGUGCGAUGACUGCAUGGUGCUCAAUGCUCUCAUAUACAGUCCUGUCUCCUGUCCUACCUGGAAUAGACUGCACUCUUGCAGGCCGUUGGAAUCCAGCAGUCUGACAUGUUCAAAAGUGGCCUGAAGAUCAUUGGGAUCACCCCUGAUCUGCUCCCGGAAACCCCCCUUGAACCAUCCCUGCCUGUGCUAUCAUCAGCGCGAGCCAGCGGGAGGGCCCGGAGACGCAGCGUAAACGACGGGGCUGCCAGGGAUCGGCCAUUGAGCGCGGCCCUCAGGCCAGGCCCGGGUAAAGGCAGCAUGGAGGUGGGCAUGCGGGUAGUUCGUGGCCUGGACUGGAAAUGGGGAAAUCAGGAUGAUGGCGAGGGUCAUGUGGGGACUGUGGUGGAGAUCGGGCGGCAGGGCAGCACCACCACUCCAGACAAGACUGUGGUCGUUCAGUGGGACAGCGGCACAAGGACCAACUACCGCACUGGCUACCAGUCUACUUACGACUUGCUGUUGUAUGACAACGCUCAAAUCGGGGUGCGUCAUUACAAUAUCAUCUGUGACAGCUGCAAGAAGCAUGGCAUCAGAGGAAUGCGAUGGAAGUGCAAGGUGUGCUUUGACUAUGACCUGUGCACACAGUGCUACAUGAACAACAAACAUGACCUGAGCCACGCGUUUGAGCGUUAUGAGACGGCACACUCUCAGCCAGUAAGCUUGGCACCAAGGCAGAACCUCCCACGGAUAAUUCUCAAGGGAAUCUUCCAGGGGGUUAAGGUGGUUCGUGGACCUGACUGGGACUGGGGAAACCAAGAUGGCGGGGAGGGUAAGGUUGGGAAGGUAGUGGACAUUCGUGGCUGGGAAGCAGAGUCUGGUCGCAGCGUGGCUAGUGUGACCUGGACUAAUGGCACUACCAAUGUCUACCGAAUGGGGCAUAAGGGCAAGGUGGACCUUAAGUAUGUGUCUGAUGGCCAAGGAGGCUUCUACUACAAAGACCACUUGCCAAAACUUGGAGAGCACGCAGAACUGCAGCGCCAGGAGAGUGCUGAUGGCCACUCUUUUCAGCAGGGCGACAAGGUCAAAUGUCUCUUGGAGGUGGACAUUCUGCGACAGAUGCAGGAGGGCCAUGGGGGAUGGAAUCCCAAAAUGGCAGAGUAUAUUUGCCGGAUCGGGACAGUUCAUAGAAUCACUGACCGGGGAGACGUCAGAGUCCAGUACAGCAACAACAUCCGCUGGACUUUUCAUCCAGGAGCCCUCACCAAAGUGAACACAUUUGGGGUCAGCGAACUUGUGCGAGUAUUAGAAGACAUAGAUAGUGUCAAGAGGCUACAGGCCGGCCAUGGAGAAUGGACGGACAGCAUGACUCCUGUGCUUGGCCAAGUUGGUAAGGUGCUGAAAGUAUAUGCAGAUGGUGACCUCCGUGUGGCAUUUGGAGGCCAGACAUGGACGUUCAACCCAGCGUGCCUCUCAGCCCAGCCUGUGGAGGUAGACGCCAAUCUCAUGACAUCUGAAAACCCCAACGAAUCUGGAAGUACAGUCAUCUCUGUGUUGGAGAAACUGCUGUCCCAGUCCACAGAGCAGGAUAAUCCCAACCGGCUAGUCAUUGAGGCAGCACACGGCAGUGUCAAUAAAGUCAAAGAGUUGUUGCAGAAGUAUCCUGACAAGGUGGACAUUAAGAACCAGGGCAAGACUGCUUUGCAGGUCGCUGCACACCAAGGCCACAUGGAGGUGGUGAAGGCUCUGCUUCAGGCCAACGGUGCCAUUGAAGUCAAGGAUGAAGACGGAGACACGGCGUUACACUACACUGCCUUUGGUAACCAGGCAGAGAUUGCACGGCUGCUCUUGAGCAAGGGAGCAAACGUUAACCUCCUGAACAAUUCGUUGUGCACGGCACUUCAUAUUGCCGUCAACAAGGGCUUCACGGAUGUUGUGCAGGUGCUCAUCGAACAUUCAGCCGAUGUCAAUCUCCAGGAUUCUUAUGGGGACACACCUCUGCACGAUGCCAUAGCCAAAGAUUUCCGUAAUAUCAUUGAGAUCCUGGUUGUUGUGCCAAACAUUGAUUUUACCCAGCAGAACCACAGAGGAUUCAACCUCUUGCAUCAUGCUGCCCUCAAAGGAAGCAAACUGGCCACUGAGAAGAUUCUCGGGCAAGCACGACAGCUGGUGGACGCUAAGAAGGAGGACGGAUUUUCCGCCCUGCAUCUGGCCUCCCUCAAUAACCACCAUGAUGUUGCUGAGAUCCUCAUUAAGGAGGGACGCUGCGACAUGAACAUCCGCAACAACCGCAACCAGACGCCUCUGCAGCUGGCGGUGACGCAGGGCCACACCGAUCUGGUCCAACUUCUUGUGGUCGAAGGUGCAGACCUGAACAUGGAGGAUGAGGAUGGGGACACCGCCAUGCAUGUGGCUCUGCUGCGACCACAGCUGGCUAACCUGAUGCUGGGCCCCGCUGUGGGAAGCACCAGCAGCAGUAGUAGCAGUGGCACAGAGGAAAGCGGCGAGGGCUGUGCCUCCAUGUCUCUCUAUUGCAGGCUCAACGCUUCGGGCCUUCUCGGGAAUACUGAGCUCAGUGUUGGCGUGGCGAUCGCCUGCUUCCUUGCGCAGGAGGGGGCUAAUAUUACCUAUGCCAAUCACAAGGGAAAGAGCCCUCUGGACCUGGUGACAGACACCAACAUGCAGCUGAUCAUCAAAAACUUCUCAGAGAGGCACAGAUUACAACGCCUGCAAGCUAUAAUAUCGGGGCAGCAGGGCCCGAGCGCUGCUAACCUGCGUCGUGUUCACACUACACCCAACACCAUGACCAAUGUGGUUCUUCCUGCACCACCCGGGCCCAGUGAAUGCCUCAUCUGCUCUGAGCUGGCUCUGCUUGUUCUCUUUUGCCCCUGCCAGCACAGGGUGGCCUGUGAAGAGUGUGCCCAUCGAAUGAAGAAAUGCAUUAAAUGCAAAGUCACAAUCACGAAGAAAAUCCGGCAAGACCAGACGGAGGUGGAGUGCAGCCCCCGUAGCGAGAACGCCGAGCAGCACAACCUGCUGAAGCAGCUCCAGUCUCGCUACCGGCAGAUGGAGGAGCGCAUCACCUGCCCCAUCUGCAUCGACAACCACAUCAAACUCGUCUUUCAGUGCGGACACGCUUCGUGCAUCGACUGCAGUGCCGCGCUCAAGGCCUGCCCCAUCUGCCGGCAGAUCAUUCGCGAACGCAUCCCCUUGUUUGUCUGAGCAAGGAGACGGAGAGCGGUGGAGCAGCCCCCGUCCCCCUCCGUCAUAUCGUCUACCUAGCUGCAGAGGCACAUUGACUUCUUAUUUGGCACUGUGGACGGGGCGAAAAAAAAAAAAAAAAUAUAUAUAUAUAUAUUGUCUGAACAUUGCUGCUUUUAUGUGGAGGUCUGCUACCCUUCAUCCUCUGACUGGCUCGGCCUCAUUUCUGUUUACACGGCUGCACAGAAAGGCCCCCGCCCCCCCCAUCCCUGCACAGCCAGUCAUGUGAUUUACGUUUGCUCUCAUUUAGAUCUGGGAAUAGUAAUCAGUAUUGGUUUCUGCGGCGGGCGCGCUAUUUAGUCCCCAACCACUUGCCUGUAUGCAAGGGGGGGGGGAAAUACACAAUAUACAGUGUAUGCAUGAGUAUAUGCAUAUUGUAACACUAAUGGUUGGUUUGUCAUUGUUGUGGUUUUUAUUUCUUUGUAAAGUGCAGAUUUUUAUUUAUGUGUGAAAGGUGGUAUUACUUUGUAAUGUCCUAAGGUGUUUGUUUGGAGGGGCAAAAAAAAAAAAGUUUUUGAUUCUACUGAAAUAAUCCCCAAGCCUACGUCCUCUUACUCAGGGUAUCAAAACGUUCAAAAAGCACUUGUGAUAUCCACAAAAGGUUCAACGUUGUCGCGUCACAUUGUGUUUUUGUCGGUAGCUGCCUCAGAGUGGCAAUGACCUGAAAAAAUGUUAUCGUUAAUAGUCAGAUGAAUGUUUCUGCAAGAAAACUGGUGGACCUGUUCAUCUUGUAAAGGAAGAAAAAGAGAGAGGGGGGAAAAAAAAAAAAAAAAGAAACUCUUGAUCAGCAUCCUUCCACACUGUUUGCGUAUUUAGCUCCCAUUAAGGAGCUUCCACUGUGUUUUACUGUGUGUGUAUCGCCAGCUAGCAGGAGGCUGUUUAUCUUUGAAUAUAGAAGGGCCAAAACAUGACUGAGGUUGUUACAUUGUCUACAUUCCCGCCGGAGUCGUUUCACGAGAAAAGCCCAUUUCCUCCGUUCGCCCUCUGGAUUGUAGUCUCCAGCGUCUUUCUGCUGUCUUGGUGUUCCUUGAAGGGCUUCUGUGUAUGAGAAAAACAAGUACAUUUUUAAGCACUUACUUUUGUUUUUCUGUAACUAACUUCCAGAGAUGAGAAGGUUGAUUUUUUUUUUUUUUUUUUUUUUCUCUCCUCUCCCCCUCCUCCCCUUCUGUUUUUAUUUUUAAAUAUUUGUUUGGCUUUUUAAUUCCCCAUUUUGGGAGAGACAAUUUUGAAAUUUGUACAUUUUGAAUGUCAAGGUAGGGAUGACUUUGUCACUACCUUUUUUAUGUAUAUGGAAGAAAAGUUGAGUAAGUGAGAGAGAGAGAGAGGGAAAAUGCCACAGGGAUUGAGGUGGGUCAAGCAUCAAGGUGUACUUUGAACAAUGUCAGUGUGCUAAGUCGCAUAAAACGUGCACGGGCAUUGGACACAAAUUGAGGUUUGAAAGCUGUGGCGACAAGACUUCAAAAUUCAAACUUUGCCCCUCAUGUUAUGUUGAAGUACAUCAAGGUGUAUUACGAGCACGCGGAUAUACAGGCGUGCACAAUAACCUCACGGUGCGGAGUGAUUCCAUACUCGCUUCCAGAUACUAUUGAGUCCCAUAUUGUUUGGAGUGUUUUCCAAAACAUGUAUAUGAGUUAUCGCUUGAGAGGAAGCUUUUUUUUUUUAAUUUUAUUUUAAAUAUAUUAAUUUAAAUUCUGAGAGCUCAUUGAAGGCAUGGCAGGCAAAUGCAAUAAUGUUAAGAAAGAAAAGAAAUGGUGAUAUUUUUUUCUUUUUUUUAAUCUCCCCUUGAUGGGGGCAUAGCUGCGAUAAUAAGCAGCCACCAGUUGAGGUUUGAAAAAAGAAUCCUUCAGCAGCAAAUGUUAAUUUUAGUUGAAGUAAAGUUCAGCUUUCAGAUUUCUGAUGUUGGCCUUACUCUCUCUUAAUCCUCUUGUUUUCUCAGUUUCUGUACAAAAAUAUUUUGCAAUAAAUAUGGAACACUUUUCUAAGGACGUGCUACCUUGGGAUUCAUUCAAUUUCUUACAGUGACAAGUUGCAGGCAACUAAAUUAUUAAACGCAUUCACUUGAAAGCUUUGUGAGCUUGUAUGUUAACAUAGUUAUCUCGACAUGUUUCAUUUUACUCUGUAUAUUUUUUGUUGGUUCAGAAUUAUGAAACUUAAGUUCCUCCCUAAAUAGAGCGACUACUGU